AUGAACACUACAAAUAAUGAUGAAACAACAGUGCUAAUAUCUAGCACAGGUAUUCCUUCGGCUGUAUCUGAUAAACGUUCACCUAACCAAAGACGAUUAGCAGUGUAUAUUAUUCUUGCAAGCACUAUUUUUGAACGUUUAGCAUUUUAUUCAUUAGCAAUUAAUCUUGUUGUUACUCUGAAAUCUACCGAACCAAAUUGGGAUCCUUCGAAUAGUGCAACAGCUUCCUUUAUUUUUUUCGGUACAAGUUAUAUUUCAACAUUAAUAUUUGCCGCUGUAAGUGAUGCUAAACUACGUAGAUCUAAAACAAUUCUUAUCGGUUUUAUUCUGUAUAUUAUUGGUUAUGUAUUUAUAAAUUUUAUUGCAAAUGCUGCUACACAUGAAACUAUAUGUACAGGUACAUCUCCUACACAUAGUUCAAUAUUUACUGAACAUUGUGGACCUCAAAUCAUUGGAACACUUGUUUUUACAGCUAUUGGUGUGGGAGCUGUUCAAGCAAAUAUGGCUGUAUUUGGAGCCGAACAAAUUCAAGCAUCAAAAGUGACAUCACGAUAUUUCUAUAAAUAUUUCAUAGCUGUAAAUAUAGGUGCUGUUAUAGCCACAUUAUCUAUUCCUUUAGUUCAAAAUGAUUCAGAUAAUAUGACAAAAGCGAAUAGUUAUUUUUAUGGAUAUCUUAUUGCAUUAUUUACGCUUAUUAUUUCAGCUGGAUUAUUUCUUAGUGGUUUUCAAUAUUAUAUUCAUGUACCUCCAUUUGAUUCAGUCAUAUUGAAAUGUAUCCCAAUAACUAUAAAUGCAUAUCAAACAUGGUUUAAAUAUCGUGUUAAUAAAAAUGAUAAUAAUAAUCAAAGAAGAGAUGGAUAUCGUGGCAUAUGGAAUAAUCGAAAUUCGAUUAGUCAAGAAGAUUCAUCGUUCCCAGCUGAACAAGCACUUUCAUUUCUUGAUUAUGCAAAAGCAGCUAAUAAUGGUAAAUAUCCUGAUCGAAUUGUUAAUGAUGUUAAAGCACUUCGAACAGCUCUUAUUGUUUACAUUCUACUUAUUCCAUAUUGGAUUAUUUAUUUUCAAAUUCAAAUAACAUUUCCAUUACAAGGUCAACAAAUGUAUAUACCAAUCUUACAUGAUAAUGAUAAAAUACCUAUUAGUUGGAUGUCACUUGGUGAUUCCGUAACAAUUAUUAUUGGUAUUUCAAUGUUAGCAAUAUUUGUUUAUAAAUGUUUGAAUGCUCCAAAACGAAGAGUUUCUAUAAGAGUUAAACUUAUUACGGGAAUGAUUUUAGCAUCAUUAGCUAUGUGUAUUGCGGGUACAAUUGAAAUUUUUCGACAACAAAGUUGUGUUUUAGGAAAAAGUGAUUCAAGUUUGAGUAUAUAUGUUCAAUUACCACAAAAUAUAUGCAUGGGUCUUGCUGAAAUAUUUGCUACUGUGGCUAGUCUUGAAUAUGCUUAUUUAGCGGCUCCACGUUCAGCUCAAUCAUUAUUAAUGAGUUUGCAAUUUUGUUUAUUAGGUUUCUCAUCAUUUCUUGCCAAGGCAUAUUUUUCAAUAUAUUCAACGACUACAAGUAAAUUUGAUUUCAGUUGUCUUGAUCUUAAUAAAUGGACUUAUACCUUGUAUUUCUUUGUUCUUGCUGGCCUUCAAAUACCUUUUAUAAUUAUUAUUUUUAUAUGUGAUAAAAAAUUUAAAAUACUCAAACUAAAUCCACAACAUACAGAAACACAACAAUUUCAAACAAGUUAA